UAUAAGUGAGUGUGUGUGUAGGAAUGUUGGGAAGCCUGAUGGGAAGGCAUAUGGUCUCCUCAUGAGGGACUUUUCGUCCAGAUGGCGUGUGUGUGUGUGUUGUGGUAAUAAAGUCACAUGCAGUAUCUCACAACACACAGAAAUGCCAAAUAAUCUCAAGUAACUGCACACAAUCAGACUCAGUCGAGUCGAGAUCAGAUUAGUCAGACUCACAGUUAGCAUUAGAUUAGGACACUGAAACACAGGAGUGUGUCUGGUCCUCCAGGAUGGUUGUGUCGCGGGUCUCGCUGCUCGCUGGGCUCCUGUGUGUGACGGGCUUCGGGGUCCGGGGCCAGAACGACACCGAGCCGCUCGUGCUGGAGGGAAAGUGUUUGGUGGUGUGCGACUCCACUCCCACCUCGGAGCCGGCCGGGAAUCCUCUGGGAAUGUCGGUGCGUUCGGGAAGCGGACGGGUCGCCUUCUCCGCCGUCAGGAACAACAACCACGAGCCGUCGGAGAUGAGCAACCGCACCAUGACCAUAUACUUCGACCAGGUUCUGGUGAACAUCGGGAGUCAUUUCGAUCCGGCACGGAGUGUUUUCCUGGCUCCGAGAAAAGGAGUGUACAGCUUCAGUUUCAACGUGGUCAAAGUCUACAACAGACAAACUAUACAGGUGAGUCUGGUGCUGAACGGCUGGCCGGUGUUCUCCGCGUUCGCCGGCGAUCAGGACGUGACGCGCGAGGCGGCGACCAACGCCGGUCUGGUGAACAUGGAGAGAGGAGACAAAGCCUCGCUCAAACUGGAGAGAGGAAACCUGAUGGGCGGAUGGAAGUACUCCACCUUCUCGGGGUUCCUCGUGUUCCCCCUGUAGAAACAGAAGUGUGUGUGUGUGUGUGGAAAACAGAGACAUUGAGCGAAGGAACACAUUCAGCUCACCGUUCACAAGCUCAUCUGCAACUUUUCUUUAUGAGUGAACCUGCUUCUUCAUUUCAGAAUUCAAAUUUCCUGAUCAUUUAUUCACCACCGUGUUUUCCUCAAAAACAUUAAUUUCUUUUUAAGGCGUGCACUGUAAAAAAUAAAACCAUAAUUUUUACGGUAAAAAACCCAGUAGCUGUGGUUGCCAAAACUUUACUGUUAAAAAUACGGUAGGAAAGUUUAUGGUUAUACAGACUUAACUUUAACUUUAAAUUUACAGUAAUAAACCAUAUUUCAUUUUCUGAUAAAGUGUUGAUUCACCAACCCUAAUGUACAAUAACUGAUUAGAAAAAAAAAAACAAGAAAACGAUGAGGAUCUUUCUGUUAACCAAUUAACUGUUUUGCAUUGUAGCAUUUUUAAAGGUCUUUUACAAUUAAAACCACGAUUAUAUUUUACAAUGAUACUGUACAUUCUUACAUAUAUCCCCUUUAACACGUCACAAUGCACUUUUAGGGAACAAAAUGGGAUUCAAAACUGCUUGUUUUUCAUGAAUGUGCUGAUCUUCAACCUCAGGACAUCAAGCUCAAUAUGACACAAGCUCUUCGGAUGUCAUUUUGCAUGUGGUUUGUAUCCUAAAAAAUUAGGAUACAUGAUUUCUGUUGUUACAAUUAAAGACUUAAAUACAAAAUGUCUCAUUUUAAAAAUAAAUAAAUAAAUAAAAAACACUUGGUUGGGAAGUGAACAAUGACACAAAAAAUGUCUAUGAAAUACUAUGUUUUUGGUAAUAAAAUUACAAAUAUUUUAAAUAUCAGGACUGUAUCAGUGAUUCACCAAAAGUCACCAAUUUAAGAAAGGCAUGCAGACAUUUUGUGUUUAAAAGAAGUCUUUACAACCGUACAAUAAAAUGUUUAUGUCUUGAAGCAUGAAA